CCGUUAAUCCUUGAGUUUUUGCGUUAUUUUAAAUUUCAUUAAAAUCAUUUUAUAUUUAAUUUAAGUCAAUUUAAAAGACGACAUAUUCCUUUAACGACGUCAUUUUCAAGUUUGUCCGACUUCACCGCAGGAACAACUCUCGAACACGAACGACUCGGCUCUAAAAGCCAGCUGUUUUACAUGAACCGUAAUAUAAAGAAGAGCCGUUUGAGAGUCGAAAAAGCAGGAUUCCCAGAGCCGAGCUAAAUUAUCUGGAUCACCAAAAAGAGCCUAAAUUCCCAGCAGUAAGGAGCAUACACGUUGAGGCUGUUUACCUGAGAGUGAAGGAUCCAAACAAGGUUGUUUCCAGCUAUGUAAUGUCUUUCGUCAGAACAUGGAGAUAGACCAGUGUCUGCUGGAGUCUCUCCCCAUCGGCCAGCGCCAGCGGCUGGUCAGGAGGAUGCGCUGCGACCAAAUAAGGGCGUACUACGAGCGGGAGAAGAGCCUUCAGCGCCAGCAAGGCGGAGUCAAGGUUCGCCCCCCGUCCACGCUCCGCCGGAAGGCACGCGUCCGCUUCAGCCAGGCCGACAUCAUUCAAGAUGCUAUCAUUCGCCAUGACGACAAAGAAGUGAUGCGUCUCCUGAAGGAGGGAGCAGACCCCAACAUACACACGGCUUCUGGGGGAUCAUUGCUACAUCUGUGUGCUCGCCACGACAACGUGUUCGCAGCUGAACUCCUGAUUGAGCGCGGCCUGAAUGUUAACCUGCAGGAUGAAGAUCUGUGGACAGCCCUGCACGUAGCGUGUGUGUGCGACCAUGCAGAUAUGGUGCUGCUGCUGCUACUGGCCGGGGUGAAUGUUCUGCUGCAGGACGUGAACGGGAACAUUCCUCUGGACUACGCCACAGAGGGGACCGAGACCAGCUACAUCCUCCGGAAACACCUGGAGGAAAAUGGUGUGGACGUGUCCUCCAUGCACACCAUGAAGAUGCAGAGAUCCAACACAAUGCUGUCUGAUGUCAGACAGCUUGUAACCACAGGGGGAAGCCUCAACCAGCCCAAUGAUGAAGGGGUCACCCUGCUCCACAUAGCCUGUGCCAGCGGUUACAGAGAGGUGGUGUCCGUGUUAAUGGACAGCGGGGCCGACCCUCAUCCUGCUGACAACAACUUCUGGACCCCUCUCCACCUGGCGGCUAAAUAUGGACAGACAAGCAUCGUUAGCCAGCUCCUGCGGCACAGAGCGAACCCGACUCUACUGAACUGCAACCAGGACAAGCCCUCAGACAUCGCCGCAUCAGAGCCCAUAGCAGAUAUGCUGCUGACUGCCGAGGAGAGUUGGCUGCAGAGACUAAAGGACCCCUCUGCUCCUCUACCCUCGACUGACCAACGCUACGAUGGCGGCUCACACGACCUCAGCACUCCUCUCAAGAACCUGAACCCCCUGGGUCUCUCUAUCUCGAAGCGGGACAGCCUGCUGGAGAAGUGUGCCAUGUUCAGAGACGCAGGAGGAGCACUGAGCCGACAGCCCUCCCAGGACAACGGCCUAGAUGGCCCUUUUAGCUCAGGAGCCGGCAAACUGGAGCAGGUCAAGCUGAUGCCUCCAGCUCCCAACGAUGACCUGGCAUCCCUCAGCGAGCUGACCGACAGCAGCCUGCUCUACGAGAUGCAGAAGCGCUUCGGCAACGACCAAAUCUACACUUACAUCGGACACAUCCUCCUGCUGGUUAAUCCAAACAAAGAGCUGCCCAUUUACUCCACGCUGGUGAGUCAGUUGUACCUGAGCUCCACAGGUCGACUUUGUUCCUCUCUGCCGCCGCACAUCUUUUCCUCGGCAGAGCGAGCGUACCACAUGAUGCUGCAGGAGAGACGCCCGCAGUGUUUCAUCCUGAGUGGUGAAAGUGGUUCUGGGAAAACAGAAGCCUAUAAGCACAUAGUGCGACACCUGACAGCCCGCUCCAGCCCCAAAGGCCUGGCAUUGGAGUCCAGAAUGAAACAUGUUAACUGUAUCCUGGAGGCUUUUGGUCACGCAAAGACUCGAAGAAACAACAACUCAAGUCGCUUCAUCAAGCUGCUGACCAUCCAGUACUGUGACAAAAGGAGGACUCUGCUCAGAGCUCGACUGUAUACGUACAUGUUGGAGAAGUCUCGCCUGGUGCACCUUCCUCCUCACCAACACAGCUUCAGCAUCUUCUAUCUGAUGGCUGAAGGCAUGUCGCCCGAGGAGCACAGCGCACUUUACCUCAGCAACGUCCUGGCUCAUAGGUAUCUUGGCGGAGGACUUCCAGGGGAGAAAGCUCCAGUAGCUACAGCUUCUACCCAAAGCAGGGAGCGCCUCGCAGCAGUCAAACAAGCCCUGCGAGCCCUGGGCUUCAACAAGCAGGAGGUUGACUCAGUGUUCACACUGUUAUCUGCAGUGCUCCAUAUCGGGGACCUGCGUUUUACUGCACUGACAGAUGCCGAUACAGCCUUCCCCUCUGACCUGCAGCUGCUGGAGAGAGUUGCUGGAAUGUUGCAAGUGUGCUCCAAUGACCUGAGUACCGCCCUCACCUCUGACAUUCAGUACUUCAAAGGUGAUGUGAUCACUCGGCGCCACACAGUGGAGAUGUCAGAGCAAUACAGAGACCACCUUGCCAAGGCCAUCUAUGGACGCCUCUUCAGCUAUCUGGUCAACAGCAUGAACGACUACCUACAGGGACAAGACGACAGCAUUGGAGAUCCCGCCUUGGAAAUUGGGAUCUUGGACAUCUUUGGGUUUGAAGAUUUUCAGAGGAAUGGCUUUGAGCAGCUCUGCGUGAACAUGACCAACGAGCGGCUGAGGCAGUACGUCUCUGAGGUGCUAUUCCAGCAGGAGCAAGCUGAAUGUCUACAGGAGGGCAUCGCCAUGGAGACUCCACGCUCCCACAACAGCCAGUCAGCUGUUUUGGACUUCUUUCUUCAGAAGCCUCAGGGACUGCUGUGUGUGUUAGAUGAGGAGAGCCAGAGUCUCAGGCCAGCAGAGCAGACUCUGUACAAGAGGCUGUCUACCCAGCUGGACUCAAAUCCCACUCCCGGCCUCUCUUUCACAACUAAAGAUGGCAAUGGAAACCCCCCACCCAAAGACCAGGGUCCAGCUUUCACUGUUAGCCACUAUGCUGGACAGAUUUCAUAUGACUUCACCGGAUCCCUCACAAGAAACAAGGACUCCCUUCCUCAGAACCUCUUGUUUACGAUGAAGUCCAGCGAGAGCGUGUUACUGCAGCAGCUCUUCCAGUCCAAGCUGACUCAGACUGGUUCUCUGGUGCCAGCUGCCCAGGGCCGUGCUGGUCUGAGAGGGCCUAAAGCCGCUCUGUUGCUCCACAGGAUGCCAUCAGCCUCCCUUGUCACUGCCAACACCGUCUCCCAACAGCCCCGGAGGUACCAUGACCUUACCAAGAUCUUGAAAAAGAAAGGCUCAAGCUCCUUCCUGCAAAGGUUAGAGCGCUGUGGGCCAAUCACAACGGCAGUCCAGCUGAGAAACUCACUGUCAGAGCUGAUCAGUAAGCUGCAGGCCUGCACACCUCACUUUGUGGAGUGUGUGCGCCCCAAUGCCAGCGGUCAACCAGACAGCUUUGACAGCUUCCAUGUGUCCACCCAGCUGCAAUACAUCGGAGUGCUGGAGAUGGUGCGCGUGAUCCGUUAUGGAUACCCCGUCCGCCUGUCCUUCCCAGGCUUCCUCAGCAGAUAUAAAGACCUCGUGAUCCCAACUUUGGGGGACAAGAAGAAACUGUCACCAGAGGAGAGAUGUCGUUCAGUUCUGCAACAGUCCAAACUCCAAGGAUGGCAGAUGGGCAGCAGUAAAGUGUUUCUGAGGUACUGGCAGGCAGACCAGCUCAACGACCGCUGCUACCAGCUGCAUAAAAAGAUCAUCACCUGUCAGAAAGUUGUGCGUGGUUGGCUAGCCAGACAGCGCGUACACUGCAAGCUGUCACUGCAGCAGAAAGAGGAGGGCAGCCUUCAGCGUUUCCUGCAGGGGGCAGAAGACAUGGGGCUGCAAACCUACGACCAGCUGGUCAUCCAAAAUGCAUCAGAUAUUGCGCGGGAGAGUGACCGCCUGCGCUGCCACGGUAGCAGCCUUCUCAACACCCUUUGCAACAGCCCGCCGCUCGGUGAGAGGCCCGAGCCGGUGGGCAAGGAAGAGGAUCAACCUGUCAGGAGGGUUCUGGAGAAAAUCGGGAAAGUCUAUGAUGGCCCCGUCACUGGGGGAGGCAGAGUUAUCCGCCACUUCAGGUCUAGCUCAGUGCCCACCCCCCUGCCCAUCGAGAACAUGGUCCUUUCCUCCGCCAAUCCAUCCAUCAAACCAGCGCUGCAGCAGGUAGCUCAUACCAAUGAUGACGGGGCAGGAGGAGGAGGUCUGUCCUCUCCCAGGAAGCAGCCCCCUCCCAAACCAAAGAGGGACCCUAACACACGUCUGAGUGCGUCUUAUGAAGCAGUCAGUGCCGGGUUAGUGAUGGCAGCCAAAGAGUGCCCCACUCCAGAGGGAUGCGGCUCACCAGCUGGGAGCCCUCCUAAAUCCCAGCUGUCCCCCACAGACCCAGCAGCGUCAUCCAAGCCCCGCCCCCAUAGUGAUGACUACACAACCAUGAGGAAGGUGCCACCGCCUAAACCUAAGCGCAGUCCCAACACUAAGCUAACGGGCUCAUACGAGGAGAUCAACGCUGUGGCGCCACAGCUCCACCAGCUGCGCCCUGCAGAUGUAAAGCUGGCCUUGCUGUCCCGUGCUGGAGGAUUUGGAGGGUUUGGUGGUUUAAUGCAGAGAGCAGCUUCCAUUGAUGCCCCACAAGGGGUAGGACUGAGUCUGUUCCAGGGCCACGAUGAAGAGGAUGUAUACAUAGAGAUGUUGGGCUCCCAGCAGCGGGCUCGGAGCCUCCAGGAGCCUCCUGAUAGCCCCGAAUUCACUGACUCAGAGGCUGUGUAUGAGGAGAUGAAAUAUUUCCAUCAUGAAGAUGGUGGAGCUCCCACCACUGUGGUUUCAAAAGCAGCCAAACUGGAGGCUCUAGGUUUGGGCCUUGUAGGAUUAGGGACCUCUCCUCCUAAAAGCGGGGACACCAAGCGAGGUUCAGCUGGGGUGACUGCCGCCAUCGACACCACUCACUUACACAUCGCACUAAACAACGCAGCUCCCAAAACCCCUCACAGCAAAGAUGGCAGCUGUGACAUCCCUGCUCCCUUCCCCAACCUGCUCCCCCAUCGUCCUCCUCUCCUGGUGUUUCCCCCCUCACCCGUCACCUGUUCCCCCGCUUCAGACGAGUCACCCCUCACCCCCUUAGAGGUAAAGAAGCUGCCUGUGUUUGAAACAAACUUGAACUACGCUACUGGCCCCGACAGCCCACUCUCCCCACAGUAUGCCCGCCAGAGGGCUGACUCCUCCCCAAGCCUCACUGUCCUCAUGCCAGAGAAAAAGUCCACACCUCCACUCACCCCUCCUCCUCCACCUCCUCCCCCUUGUAACCCACCUCCCCCCUACAGACCCCCUUCACACUUCCCCUUCCCGCCUGAGGCCAACUUCCUGGCUCUGACUCGAGCAGCAUCUGUCACAGGAAGUUCGGACUCCCCCAAAACCUCCGCCUCUCAAAGGGCAGGUGGGGAGCCUCUGGGGAAGCCUCCUCCCUACUCCCCGGUGAAGAUGUCUCGUCCCGAGCCUAGGCGGGCUCACUCAUGCUCCUCCUCUCCGCUGCUGUUCAACCCAGCCAAUGGUAGACCGCUGACCAGCCCUCUGGACGAGCUCAACACGCUGUUCAGCUCUGGAAGGAGCCUGCUGAGAAAGUCCACAUCAGGACGCAAGAUGAGGGAUGGAGGAUUCAAUUCUAACAUCAAUCUGCCAGGAAGGGAAGACUCCGGCUCUGCCCCUACUUCACCGUCACUGCAACUUCAGGACAAGAACGCCAACAAUCACACUUCUCACUCCUCGAGCCCCGCCCCCUUAGAGAACGGCAACCAGAUCUCGAACGGGUCGCUGGAGGAUGAGAGUCACAGCAAGUCAAACACAACCAGCUCCGCCUCUCUGCACAGACACAUGGACAGUCAUCACACUCAGGUGUUCCAGCGGUUACGUCUGACAAACGGGGAUGAGAGCACCGCCCUCGGGGAGCUUCUGCGAUGGCGACGAGUGCAGUGUGAGGGGCGGGGUGCGUGGAAGCACCGCCCACCUCCGUCCCCAACCCUUCCCCCCACCCUGCUCUGGACCAACAGGAAAGCCUCUCCAUGACAGACGCUGAGUGACUCAGUCACAUGUAUUACAAAGAGUUCGUCCCUCUCUUUCCUUUCAGCCACACCACAGCCACACAUUUUCUGGUUCUGAUGUUAUGUUUUAUGUGGACUGGGUAUCCUCAGUGCUCAGGGGUGAGGUUAAAGCUGCUAACCCCACAGCGUGAGCCUCAUCCCUGGGCUGAGGUCCAACCUCUGCGCCUUUGACCUCCACUGUGGAGGAUUCCGCAACUUGUACAGUAAGUAGCUAAGCACUUGAUAAUACUGAAGAGUGUUAUCUGUGGAGAAUGAUUGGAAAGCAGACACAGUGGAGGCUCAUGGGGAGCAACUUGUUUUUGGUUUUGUUCAAACGUUUAUUUAACAAAGACAGAGAGGUGGAAGAUUACUUGAUUUAUUUGUCGUUCUGAAAAAUCCGUAUGAUUUCUUGGCUCAGUGUGAAUUCAAAUGCAAAUUAGCAUCAGUUUUGAAAUUACCCUUUGAGUGCUCACGUCCAAAUGGUGCUGACUAUACUUGACAUGUUCUAACUAUGAUGUCCCCAUGAAUGCCUGCGUGUGCACCCCCGAGUCUCAGACCUUUCUGAAGUUUACAACUUAACCACGGCCUUCGGACACCUCCGGUGUUCAGCGUAGAGUACUGAUUUAGAUAUGGGGCUUUCAGGUACGCAGCUCUCACUUAGCCUCUCACUUCUUGGGCUCUAAGUGCUACUGCAGCCCUGGCAACAAGUGACCAGGGGUCAGGGUAACCUCAAUGUAAUAUCCCAAGGUGCACUUCUUUCCCCAUUGUUACCACCAGCCUUUGAGGAACAAGAAACCUCUGGCCAAAUUUCUGCACUAACCUUUACAAGGAAAGGGGAGUCAACACAAACCUGCUCUGGUUUAAGGUACAAGGCUAACAUAACAAAGCUGUAGCUGACAGGUAUGUAGUUCAUGUUGUGAACAUGGAACUCUGUGCCAAAGUGAAACUACGUGUGAGAGGCGUGUCUAAACUAACAUGUAUAGGUAUUAAAAGGAUGUAUUCAAUAGUUCCCAUAGACUCAUACAGACUGAGAGAAAAGACCAAAUCAAAGCUGUUACUGUGGAUUAGAGGAGAUUAAACGGACCGUUUCUGAGAACAUCAAAAGAACAUGACGAAAAGAGGAAAAAAAAACAGUCUACACUUGAAAGUAGCAACAUGACUCCCACCGUGUCUCAUCAGCACCUGAACUGUGUCACGUGUUCGGUGUUGUUCAGGAGACUGUGCCGAGCUCAGGAACUCACGCACAGAUGAACUCAAUUAUUGUACAGACCGCUCCGCCGUGGGUUUGAAACCCAUUACCCUCCACGUCCUCCCUUCAUCUCCUCUUCCUACCCAACCCCAUCAAACAGACCCCACUGCCCCACUUGGUCUAUGACCAUGCCCCCCCAAACCCUCCUUCCUAAUGGAUCAAACCGGCUCUACGGGUGUCUCCAUGGUAACCACUCUGUAAAUAAUGACCAGUGUUGUAUGUUGUAGCUUUUACUCCAGCAGAGAAGCACGGAGAAUGAAGUGAAAGGAGAGGAAAGGGUUGUGAGAACACCGUCUAUGAUGGUGAAACUGAGAUCUCAGAAUGUCUUGGGUUAGAUGCAAUGACCGAGGUAAAGAGAAGAAGUUUAUUUUAAAAUGUGAAUAUCUUUUUUUCCAGAAUGAUUGUCUAUUGCUAUGAAAUUCUUUAUACUCUAUUUAAGAUUCCCCUCCCCCCUGAUCCUGCUGUUCUGUUCAUACGAUGCAAGGCAGAUGUUUUCAUUGUAUAUGGAUGUUUUAUUGCACAAUAUUUAUAUGUUGUCGUCGUGUUGACUUCUGUAAUGGGCUGGGCGUGUCUCGACAAGCCGUUUGAUCACCGAAGAUCGCUCUGAAUUGUUAGAGCCACAGAGUAUUGAUACUUUUAAUUGAUUUCUCAUUCCCACUGAUCACUCACAACGUGUCUGAUUGAUUCAGCCGUACAAAUCAGCAGCACCAUCACAGGAUCAAUCCCGGAUGUCGGUGCAUCGAGGCGCACAAAUAUUCAAGAGGAAUUAGUGGAAGCCGCUAAUGUUCCCAACAGAGGUGGCCAAUCUUUGAGCUGCUAUUUUGACUGACUGGCUGAAUGUACAUACAACUGCAAACUUUCCUUUACCUGCCUGUGCACAUCAAUGAACCCCUAUAUAUGUUAUUACUGGAACAUGCGCCUGUAUUGAAACAGUGUAUCUGACUGCUAUAUGUAAUUAUUGUCUUCAGAAGUUGUGUACGCACUCCAUCUUUUACAGUAACCUAAUGACAAAGCAGCAUUUCUGAUAAGGCAUUAAUUUGCUCCAUGAUUCACACCUUCUGUGCUGUGAUUGGGGUUGCAUGACGUGUACUGCCUUGCAGUGCUUUAUAACUUAGUUUCAUGUUAGUAUGAUUCAGAUCCAUCGCAGGGGAAUUCAACCUAUCAGUGAUCAAACAAUAUAGAACGAUCAAACUAAAAAAUCUUGCCAAUGCCAAUGAAAGAGACUUUACACUCUCUUUAUUGGUCCUCCAUUAUGUUUAGAUUAUUUGUGUUUUGUUACUAUUUUUACAGAAAUCAUGAAAUGAAGAGAUUAUUUGUCCUUUUUAAAAAAAAAUAUAAUUCCUUGUAACCUUGCAUGACCUCAUGUUGGACCUGUCCUCCCAAAACAUGCUCAUGCUGUAAAAAUCCCCAAAAAGAUGUCUAAUGUGAAGAACCGCAUCCCUCUGCACUGUGACUCACCGCACUGUCCCCCCAGCUGUAAUCGAUUAUCAUCCACCUUUUAAACUGGACCAACCUGCACACAUAUCAGCUCCACCCUGAUGACCUACGCUCAGUCCAUACUCAUCACCAAACCCUGGCAGCCAGAAUACUGCCACUCAUCGUCGUGAAUCAGGAAUCCUCCGCUCUGAGAUAAGCUCUCUGGUGCGUCUGUUAGUUCAGAGCGGCUGUUUUACUGUCCCCAGUCCAUGUAUAGUCGUCCUGAGAGACACAAUAUUUAAGCACCUGAAAAAGGGUGUCUCACUGCCUUUCAUAGUGUUCUUUUUAUACAUGACAUACAGUAUAUUUUAACCUGCAUACAUAUGUGUUUGUGGAAAGAAAAAAGAUUGUAUGUGAUAUUUCAUAAUUAUUAUGUUCCCAAUGUUUUAUAAGUACUGUACCUGUACAGCAAUAAAGCACAAUUGUGUCAACGAC